CACGUAGUGAUUCGAUAGAGACGAGAUGAUACCGAUUUCGAAAAUACAUCGCGGAUAAAAAAGUAGAAGUGUCAGAACAGAAAAGAGUAGCAGUAAUAGAGAGAAAAAGAAGGAAAGGGAUGACAAAAAUAGGAGUAAGAGGGAAAGAAAGGAAAAGGGGAAGGAGAGAUAUAUUGUGUGUGUGUGAAGAUGGCAGGCGCUGUGAUAUCGAUCGUACGUAAUAUCGCGUGCUACGAGACUGUGUUCCGAUAUGAGCGCACCGACGCUCGGCGUUCCUUGUGUGUCGUGUAUUCCACUUGUUCCGGUAUAAUAUAACCGCCUACAGACGCACGAUUUAUGUCGAAUAAUAUAAGCGAAAUUUGAGACUACUCCAAGGAUAAUGUGGGGGAGAGCAUACAUGGCGGCUGUAAUCCUUCUUCUAGGAUGGCUAUAUGUCUUCGUUUGCGUAGAAGCCGGCAACGCCGAGGUAACGUUCGCCGACACCGAGGCGGAAAUUAUUCUCGAGCGAGCGGCCACAUGGCUGUGGAGCCAACGGGAUAAGGAUGCUGGCUGGGGUAACGAUACGCAUCGAGUGCUUCUGGUUCUUCGCCUGGCGAAUCUCUCCCAUGAUGACAACCUCACGCCAUCUGCACCACCACUCGAGCUGCAACUCACCGCCAAACAGAUGGAACUGGAAAUCGUGCUUCUGCUCUGGAGACACCGAGAAGUCGGGUUUUCUCCAGUUAGACUGGCAUACUAUACCCUGGCUCUGAACGCGAUGUGCAUGGACCCGCGGCAGUUUCACGGCCACGAUCUGAUCGGCACAUUGCAGCAUCAUGAGCCGCCGACUGAUUAUGAAUUCACGUUGACCGCUCUUGCGGCAUGUAGCGCGCAAGCACACGUUCGCAAACGACAAAUGCGUCGUCUCUUGGACAUCGCAAGUGCUCCACAGAAUCAUAAUAUUGACACAAUCGCAAUGUUGAUCCUGGUGUUGCGGUGCAUCAGCCAGGACCACCGACAUCGCAACAUCCAUCACAUUAUUCGCAAGCCGUCCACAGUAUUGGCGCAGCAGCAAAGGCACGACGGCAGCUUCGGCGAUUUGCACACUACCGCAUUAGUGAUGCAGGCACUUGAGGAGGUAGAGAACGAGCCAGCCGACAAUUGGAACAGAUCCGCAGCGUUAACCUGGCUGAUCAGUCAGCAACGACUAGACGGUUCAUUUCAUGGUGAUGUCCGCGCCACUGCCGAAGCGAUAUUGAGCGUCACUCCGCGUGGAUUAACCAACAUUCGAACCCUUGACUGCGAACAAAGUCUAUCGGACAAUUCGCCACCUCGUUUAACCACAAGCAACAUUGCAGACAUCGGGACGUCCGACAAUCACAGUGAGAUCGCACUGCCAUCAGAAGCGUCAGAAAGUAAUCUAAGCAAUGCAGACACAACGAUUGCAUAUACUUCGGCGCCGAUAUUAGUGAAUAUAUCGUAUACUUUAUGGGUCGGCAGCAACGUAAACGAGACAUACAAUUUGACGGUGACUGCGCCAAAGAAUGAAACUUUCUACGAAGUGAUGUUGUUGGCGGCAGAAAUGUCACCCCAUUUCGAGUUUCUUGCGUCCGAAUGGCCUAACGGUCAUUACGUUCAUACAUUAGCUGGUUACAAGGAGGAGCCAAUGUCCUAUCACUAUUGGCUACUCUAUAGAUUGCCCUCGCCGCCGGAGCCGUCCUCGCCGCCUGGAAAUCAAUUAGUCGCGCCCGGAGGCGUCGACAAUUUGCAGAUUAGCGAAGGGGAGCAUUAUCUCUUUUGGUACAAGAAACUAUGAAGCACGUGGCCUCAUAAAAACCAAAAAGAAGAGAUUAUAUACGUAAACGGAAGGAGAGGUACUUUGUAAGAGAAAAGUAAAAUUAUGUAUACAAAUAAGAAAGAGGAAGAACACGCGAUCUCGAAGCUCUAGAGCAAGAUCCAAUAUUCACUGCCAUCACUAAUUACCAACACAUAAAAAAAAAGAAAAUAAUGAAAAUAAAAAAAAACACGCGCGAUGCUGUUAAUGCAAGGGAGAGAAAACUUAAGCGAAAAGAAAAAAACAUGAAUAUACAACAAACAUGAACUUACACACAUAUAUGCAUACAUAUAAAGUUGGCAGUGAUUUUUGAAACUUCGUUCUAGUGGCUGAUGCUUGAAGGACCUGGAUGAGAUAAAGUACGGAUUUUGCGCACGCGCGCGAUUGAUACGUUUCGAUAUCAUACACACAUAUACACAUAACAACUUAAUAUUUCUUAACACAUUGAAUGCUAGUGACGAGAUGACUAGAUGACACAAAUGUGUAUCUAGGAUAGACCUAUCGUCGGCACUUUUGCGUGUGUAUCUAGGACAGACCUAUCGUUGAUACUUUUGCAUGUGUUAUCAAUAUGUAAAAACGAUUUCAUUGAUUUACAAUCAGCUGUAUUUACAAAGCUGUAUUUGCAUUAGUAUUUAUAGGUGACCAAUAAAUUCAUUAAAAUUAUUGUUAUUGUUAUUACGCGUAUAUUUACAUAGCCUUAGCUUUAGAGUUCAUAAAAUCAAGCCGAGAUCCGCGCGGCAAGUUUAUUAAAACUGCAAUAAGCUACAUGUGAGAAGUUUUCUAUAAAAUCGUAAUGUGCACAAACAUACUUAUACUUAUCAUAAUUAAUUCAUAUUCAAUAAAAUUGAAUAAUAGUACUCAUAUUAGCGAAUAUCUCCUGAUGUUUCCGAUUUGGCUGCAACGUGUUGAUUUGAUAAAUACAUUCACGAUUAAAGAGAAUAAGCAGCGAAUAAGUAAAUAAAUAAGUAAUUAAAUAGUGAAUACGAAAUAUUGAAUGAGAAAAUGAGUAUAAAAGAAAUCAUAUAAGAGUAAACACCGCGAAUCUGAUUUCUUUCUGCAACGGGUUCGAAAAAAUGAAAGGAAAAUACAUUAUGAAUGUCAUACUUUCAUUUGUACCUCUAUGAUAUGUAUCAUUUAUCAAGUAGUUCGGAGUAUAAUGUACGAUUUCAUUUUUUCUUGGAAUUAAUAAAGGAAUGAAUAAAAUACAUUUACAAACCUAAA